AUGAAGAUUCUCAGUCUCAACUUUAUGACGUGCGCCGUCAAGGCCUGCAAGGCCACGUCGGCCUCGUUCCCGCUGCAUCCCCGCGACGCCGAGCUCGCGCACGACGACCUCGAGCUCAACAAGCCCUUUCUCACCACCAUUGUGCGGCGGUUGGACUGGCCUGCUCUGAGGACGACUCUUGUGGAGCUCGGCUUUCCGCCGCUCCCAGAGGAGGCGCCGACAGACGAGGCUCUGGCGUCGGACGACAAGCUGUUGGCAGAACUACACAAUGUCCUGGUGGAGACGGAGAUUGUGGAGGGCAAGCUGGUGUGCGGCAACUGCGGCCACGAGUACGGCGUGCGGGAGGGCAUUGCCAACUUUUUGCUGCCGAGCCACCUGGUAUGA